UUCCGACAGAGGCCAAGCGAAUCACUCUCAGGCUGGUGAUUCGCUUGAAAAAGAAAAAGAAAAAAGAAAACAAAAUAGACAUCGACCAGAUAAUAUAUAAUGGGGGCCGCGCUUGUUUUUUUGGUGUCUUUAGUUGUGAUGAUCCCGGCUUUACAUGCGCAUAUCGGAGAAUACGAUGAAUAUUGGCAGAAUAAGGCUAACGAGGCCAAAAAGGCCGCCGCUGAGACCUUUAACCCUAACCCUGAGGACGUCAUCAAUAACCUUAAUAAGGAUGUUAUCUUCACCUUGAAAGGUACCAACGGCACAAGGAGGAGCCUUAAAAAGUACAACGGCGCAUGCUUGGCGACGAACCCCAUAGACCGGUGCUGGAGGUGUCAGCCUGAUUGGAUGGAAAAUAGGAAAAGACUAGCAGAUUGUGCCAAAGGCUUCGGCCACCGAGCCAUCGGCGGAAAGAUGGGGGAAUUCUAUACGAUAACGGACCCCUCGGACAAUGAUAUGGUCAAUCCCAAGCCAGGGACCCUUCGCCACGCGGUGACCCAGCCGCAACCCUUGUGGAUCAUCUUCGCGUACUCGAUGACCAUCAGGCUCAACCAGGAGCUCAUCAUGGCUAGUGACAAGACCAUUGAUGCUAGGGGCGUCAACGUCCACAUUGCCGGCGGGGCCGGUAUCACCAUCCAGUUCGUCCAGAACGUCAUCAUCCACGGCCUCCACAUUCACGACAUUGUUCCCGGAUCGGGUGGCCUGAUUAGAGACUCGGUCGGCCACAUCGGUCUGAGGACCAGAAGCGACGGGGACGGGAUUUCCAUCUUCGGCGCGGCCAACCUUUGGAUCGACCACGUUUCGAUGUCCAAUUGCGCGGACGGGCUCAUUGAUGCUAUUGAGGGAUCAACUGGUAUCACCAUCUCCAACUGCCAUUUCACUAAGCAUAAUGAGGUGAUGUUGUUUGGAGCAAGUGAUGCGUAUUCGGGUGACGAGAUAAUGCAAAUUACAGUUGCGUUUAACCAUUUUGGACAAGGGUUGGUCCAGAGGAUGCCAAGGUGCAGAUGGGGUUUUGUUCAUGUGGUUAACAAUGACUACACUCAUUGGCUCAUGUAUGCCAUUGGUGGCAGCACUCAUCCCACCAUUAUCAGCCAGGGCAACCGAUUCAUUGCCCCUCCCAACGCUUUUGCCAAGGAGGUGACCAAGAGGGAUUACGCCGAGGAGAGCGAGUGGAGGAAUUGGGAAUGGAGAUCAGAGGGGGAUAUUAUGCUGAAUGGAGCAUUCUUUGUUGAAUCAGGGACACCAACAUAUGCUAGCAAGAUUACCUCAAGGACAGACAUGCUGAAGGCAAAACCGGGGAGCUAUGUGUCAAGACUAACCCGGUUCACCGGUCCACUUGACUGCAAAAAAGGCCUACCUUGUUAAAUUCAUUUCCAUCCCCUUUUUUGGUUCAUUUUUUUGAUAGGUAUAAUCUUGAAUUAAAAUGAUGAAAGUUGGGUUUUAUUAUAGUUGGGAAUCGAUUUGUAAAAGGGGAUAUGAGUUGGCUUUUGUCAUUUUUUCAAUCUUGAUUAUUCCUAAUAACAUGAAUCAAGAGUGUUCUAUAAUACAUAUAUUAACUUUAUGCAAAUCUUGCAAAAGCAUUUUUUAGGAUGGAUGAUUUGCAUAUCUUCUUGGA